AUGGACUCAUCACCAGGCUCGGGUGUAUCGACCCUCCUGAAGCCUCGUGUCCUCGCUGUCGUCGUCAUCACCACCACGGCGGUUCUCAGUCUCGGCGCUGGAAUAUGGUACGAGAGCUGGCGCCAGCGGAGAGCCGACAAUGCAGAGCUUGCCGCGGGUGGUGGCCUACAUCGACGUAACGCCGUUCGACGCCCGCGACGCGGCUCCCAUACCGAUGAACCUAGUGGCUCGGCCACCGAGCCCCAAACCACGACAAGCAUCGACGAAUCGGCAGCUGCACCUACCACCGACGAGAAUAGCAUUAACAAUGUGCGCCCUCUACAAAGCGAGGAUCGCGAAGCAACAGUCGUCGACGACGGCGAAAUGGACGAGCGGUGGCUGGACGAUAUAGGCCCGCCAAACUCCGUGCAGCGCGCUGGUCAUAACAUUGUCAACCUCUUGUUCCGCGUGUCCGAGGACAAUGCCCGCCGCAGUUCUUAUGUGCAUCGCGGCUGUGCGUGCAACGCCUGUGGCAUCGUGCCCAUCCGCGGCAUCCGCUACCGCUGCGCCAACUGCGCCGACUUUGAUUUGUGCGAGACGUGCGAGUCGCAGGGCCUGCACAUCAAGACACACAUCUUCUACAAAGUGAAGGUGCCUGCACCUCCGUUCGGUCCGCGCCAGAUGCAGCCGGUGUGGUAUACGGGCGAUCCGGACGGCUUUGUGCGGGGCCUACCCAAGUCACUGCUGUCGCGCCUGGUGCGCGAGACAGGUUUUGAACGCCAGGAGCUCGAGGCGUUUUGGGAGCAGUGGACAUAUAUGGCCAAUACGGAGUGGCGUGACGACCCAGACGGCCUGUGCCUCGCCAUGGACCGCAAAACAUUUGAGCGGUGCCUUGUGCCCUCGGGUGGUUACAGACACGCGGCACCAAAUCUGAUCCACGACCGCAUGUUUGCCUUUUACGACACUAACAAUGACGGGCUAAUCGGCUUCUGCGAGUUUUUGCACGGGCUGUCGUACCGCAAGCGCAAGGAUAAGCUCCGCAAGAUCUUUGAGGGCUACGACACGGACCGCGACGGACUGGUCAACCGGCGCGAUUUCCUGCGCUUCUUCCGCGCAUACUACGUGCUCUAUAAACAGAUGCACAAGGACAUCUUGGAAGGGCUGGAUGACCAGGUCAUGAGCAGCAUUGAGACUCACCAGCUGGUCGGCAACAGACAACCUCUCAGCAGCUUCUUUGGACGCGACGGCCGACUGCCGCACGCUGACACGCGGCGCAUGAUGGGCGGCAAGUAUAUUGACCAUGCGAUGGGCGAGGUGCGAGUGGCGGACGGUGCGGACGGUGUGGUCGCCGAGGACCGGCCCGAUAUGGCAGACCGCGAAGAGCUGCUGUCGCUUCUCUACACGCGUACCGAAAUCCGCCUUAAUGGAGAGGGCAUUUUUGAGGAGAGAUACUUUGCAAGCAACGACAAUAGCGGCGACGAGCACGACGACGGCCCGGCCGUUGUUAACUAUUGGGAUGCUCUGCUUAACCCGCCGCGAACCGUAAAUGAGCUCCCUUCGCUUCUCAUGGGCCAACGCGAUCCGUCAGAUCGUAACGAUGUUUUUGUGUCAAAUCAAGACAACGAAUACGAGCAGGGCGACGACAGUGUGGCCAUGGGCACCGCCGAGAUCCGUGAAGCGCUCGCGGGCGGUGGUCGCACACACGUAAGCGCCGAAACCAACAGUGACGACAAUGCGUCCACUACGGCCGUCAUUGACCAGCCAUUGCCUCCCUCGCGGGCCUCUACAUCCGAAAGACACGCUGGGAAUGCGACAGCACACGCGACUACAAAUGCAAACGGGUCGGCGGCAAACAGAGAUCCAGCCCAACGCAUCUCUCGAAAUCAGCCGGGCAUGCCAGGAGAGGGCGUGUCCCAACUGGACAGUUCAACGCCCGAACAGCAAGAUGCGAUUACGAACAACCCGCGGACCCGUUUCAAUCCUUGGCGGACACCGACGGCAGGCCAGCUGAGCGCAGGGGAGGAAGCUUUCAUGCGAGCGCAUCUUACCAAGGCUGCCAAGGUCACAGCACGGCGCAAGCUGCACAACCGGUGGAUGCGGCGGCAGUUCUACCUAGACGAGGAAGAGGGCGCCGUGGCACCGAGCGCUUGGAAAGAUGACGAAGAUCUGCUCGCCGAGGGUGAAGCGUCGUCCUCAAAAUCAAAAGCAAAGGCGACGCCUGCCGACUCCGACAAGGCGGAGCACUCACGCAGCCGCCUGGCCGACAUCCCCGAAGCGGAGCGCGACGCGGGCCGCGAGGUGCUGUACCAGGUGAUGCAACAGGCGUUCAACGAGCUGCUGGAUAUUUUGUUCUUGCGAAAAGAGAAUCUGGCAAUCGAGGCCGCUGAGUCAAAGCAAGACCGCGACAAGUAUCGCCACCUAUUUGAACACCUUUCCGUGGAGCCCGGGAUCGGAGUUAGCAACAAAAUACCCUCUCCACCGCGUAAGAAGGCGGCCAGGUCGGUGUCUGCUGCUGAUAAGGCCGUCAGCGACAUGACGCUGGAGGAGAUGCUGGCCGAGACAGGGUACGAGGUGAUUGGCGGUGUGCCGACGGAAGAUCUGGACCCGCCGCGCUCGGUAGUGAAUGGUAGCGCCAACGCCAACUCCAAUACCGACAUGACGACAGCAGCGACGACGGCGACGGUGCCCGAAGCAAACGAUGCCGAGAUUGGUGCCGUGGAAGAGGUACUCGAGGAAAUUGUCGAGGAUGUUGAUGACGAUAUUGGGGAGCCAAAGGAAGAUGCGGUUACUGAAGCGGCUCCCGAGCCAGCCUUUGAAGAACAAGUUGAGGUCGUGGAUACCGCAGGAAAGGACACUCCUGGCCGCCCAGCCGGCGAUAUACUCGCGACUCUGGAUGACGUGCCCGAAAUCUCGCUCACCGCAGUCGCCGAGGUUGAUAAAGACCACCGCGACCCGACCCUACCGCAUUUCCGGCCCAACACCGAGGCUGAGUAUGAGACAUUGGUGGCACAGCACGAGUCGGCCCGGGCCCCGUCACAGGCAGCUUCUCUUGUCGCCGCAUCCACCGCUGCAACAGUGGCCACGAGCUCUGAGGGACGCAGCUCACCUGGCACGACGACACCACCCGUUGACGAACCGUCUGCAUAUGCCGGCCGGGACACGGGCACGGAGCCGGAAGGGAUUGAAAAGGAUGAAAAGGAUAAAGGCAAGGGCAAGGCCGAGGCUACCCCAACCCUAGAAUCAGGCCGUCCGGGUAAGGACAACAAGGACCAACACAACGGAUCGCAUUCGAGUGUCGCGAUUAAUACCAAGAGCGCAGACGGCAGUGACAAGGCCAACAGCAACACCGCUCCCGCUCCAGAGGAGGCUGACAUUCCCCUGGCGACUCUCAAGCAAUGGAAGCGGCUGGAUCUCGCCGAGCAGGAGGCACAGGUGCGGGGCGGCUGGGGAAAGCUGAGCUACGAGGAGUUUGAGCUCAUUUUUAAGCAGGAAGAGCAAACACCAAACAGGCUCGACUACUUGGGGAGCUGGAUCGAUUUUUGCAUACCCUAG